AUGGUUGUUUAUAAAUUCGGGUACUACGACGGAAUUUGCUCCGUGGUGCAAAUGGCAGCGUGCCCCUUGCUGGGAGACAACCAAAUUGGGUACGAGCCCACUUGCUACGCGCGCAAUAUUGAAGUAGGCGGGUCGCUCAUCUUCCAGGCAGCGUCGCUGAUUAUCAACAUUAUUGCACUCUUUAUGACGGUCAUCAUGAUAUUCCAUGUGCGCUCCAAGUACACUGCGGUAGGUCGCAAGGAGAUGGUCAUGUUCUUUUACCUAUACUUUUUGUUGACAGUGCUCGACUUUAUCACCAUCUCUGGCAUCAUUCCAAUUUCAUCGGUCGUCUAUCCUUACUUUGUCGCGGCAUUCUUGGGAUUAACCAGUGCCAUGUGCUGGUGCCUGAUGCUCAACGGAUUUAUCGGAUACCAAUGGACAGAGGACGGAACAGCGCUGACUCUGUGGACCUUCCGGCUGACAUCGCUGCUCAUCUUUGGGCUCAUGUACUUCAUCUCGAUAGCCACAUUUAAGGAUGUCGCGUCAUUCUCAAAGGCCUACCCGAUUGGACUAUACGUCAUGUACUUUAUCUUUAACCCAUUCUGCCUGUUUGUGUACGUGGUGCUCCAGGUGAUUCUCGUGGUCAACACGCUGGACGAGUACUGGCCACUGGGUAACAUCAGCUUUGCGCUUGUGUUCUUUAUUCUCGGACAGGUGAUUCAGAUCUUCAUCAGCGACAAGAUCUGCAGUGCGAUUAAGCAUUAUGUCGACGGAGUAUUCUUUGGUACAAUUUGCACGCUCCUGUCGGUCAUGAUGAUCUACAAGUACUGGGACUCGAUCACCAAGGAAGAUCUGGAGUUCAGUGUUGGCGGAAAGGGCAAUGUUUGGGAGGUUAAGGAGCUGAUGAACGAGGACGAUGAGUUUGCGCCGUAUGCUGGCCAGGCGGCCAACACUAUUGGUCACGCUGGGGUGUCGUUUGCCAAUACUGGCUCCAUGUACGGCGGCCAGGGAUACGCGCCCCAGCAGCAGCAGUACCAACAGCAACAACAACAGUACCAGCAACAGCAACAACAGGCAUACCCGCCCUAUUAA